GUAAAAAAAAAACAGAUUUUUCAAUUAUUGAUCCGAUUUUUCAUUUAUCAUCCAGUUUACUGAAAGUAUCAUAAUUAGCUUGAAAACCAAACAUUGGAUCACUCAUGAGAUUGAAAUAAAAAAUUUAAUGGUGAAUCUAGCCGGACGAUAGUUUAAUAAUGGAAAAAUGCUACACUAAUUUUGAGCUUGAAUGGGCAGAACAUGCGAACGUUUCUUGGUGUUUAAAGGACUGUGAUUCUAUUGCAAGUAGAGAUUCUGUUCAGUUUUUAUUUGAUAUAUUGGUCCAGAAUAAAGAAGUUCGAUUGAUUCCAAACAAUACCAACACAUGUAAUGAUUUUCAAACCCUUCCAUACUUUCAGUAUGAAAGCCCUUCGAUUUCCGAUUUAAAUAGCUAUAUAACAAGUUUGCUAAACUCCCAACUUGAACUCGCCAAAGAGACAUGUUCAUCAACAAGUUUUGCAACCACUCUCAAACAGAGAGUUUUGAUUUUAAAGAGGAUUUAUCAUGCAAUUACAAAAAAGUAUCAUAAUAAUGAAAAUACAGAAAUUCAAAAAGCUGAACCUGUUGUGGGAUUACUACCAAGAGAUGAUAAUUUCAUAGCUUCGAAUACCCUUUUAGAAAUUGGGCUGAAAACUGGCCUGAAGUUAGUUUUUUCUUUGCUGACCCAAAAUUGGCAAGUCUGUACUAGGUUGAAUAUACCUUCAAUAUCUGAGACAAUGCUACAAACUGCCUUUGAUUUAAUCAGAGCUUUACCACCUUUGUGCUUAUCUAAUGAUUCUCAGUUAACUCAAUUAGGAAUCUCCUCUAUAGAGCAGACUUGUGGAUUCCUCAAAGAUGCAGUGUUAAAAGAGUUAAAUGCAGAUAUCCAAUCCAAGAAGUUAUCCUGUGAACUUUUACUGGGAAUAGCCAUGCAAAGGGGUUCUCUACGAUAUUUACUAGACUGGAUUGAAAUGGCCCUAGAAGGAUCGGCCAAAGGAGGAGAAUUAAUUUCUAGUAGUUAUUUCAAAAAAGUUAUGUGGCAGUUGGAAACCGGUAAAACAAGAAUGAGAUUAGAAAAUAGUGAUGCUGAAAUGAACAUUUAUGAUACUGCCUUACUAUUAAUGGAGUUGGUAUCUUCUAUGGCUGUCGAUUUUGGUGGUAGCUGUCUAAUGGAAUCUUCAACAUCCGAUUUAGACUCGGGAGUUUUUCAAAAGGGCGAUGUCUAUGUUUGGGGUAGCAACUCUGCCAACCAAUUAGCAGAGCCAAGAAACCAAGAGAAAAUAUUCCAUCCUAUUUUAUCAAAAGUAUUCUCUCAAGUAAAACAGAUCGAAGCUGGUCAAUAUUGUACCUUUGUAAUACAUUGGGACGGCCAUGUAAGCGCCUGCGGUAAGGGUACUUACGGCAGAUUAGGCCUGGGAGAAUCGACAAAUCAAAGUUCUCCGAAGCGUAUCCUAUUAGAGAGCAACAUCAAAAAGCUGUCUAGUUCUAGAGGCAGCGAUGGUCACACUUUGGCUCUAACUGAAAACGGGGAAGUUUACAGUUGGGGCGAUGGGGAUUAUGGUAAAUUAGGACAUGGCAACUGUAUCACACACAAACAGCCAGAAAAAAUUACUGGGCCUUUUGUGGGAAAAAAGAUAAAAUAUGUUAAUGCAGGUUAUAGGCACAGUGCCGCCAUCACCGAGGACGGCAAACUGUACACCUGGGGAGAAGGAGACCAUGGUAGGUUAGGGCAUGGAGACGGUAACGGCAGGCAUACUCCAACACUUGUCAGCAGUUUGAACGAUGUAGGAUCUGUAGCUUGUGGGAGCUCCCACACCCUGGUCGUUUCUCAGGAUGGUAAGAAUGUGUGGUCCUUCGGAUCCGGCGAGCAUGGAAAGUUGGGACAUGGGGAGAUAGCGAAGGUGUUCAAGCCGAAACUGAUCGAGUCUUUGCAAGGAUUGACUGUACAGAAAGUCUGUGCCGGUACCAGUUUUUCGAUGGCGCUCACAUCUAGUGGCCGAGUGUACGCCUGGGGUAGUGGCCCCAUAUUAGGUAUCGGUUCGGCAGACGCCACAUAUCUUCAACCUAUUCUCAUAGAAGACCUCGCCCAUCACAGAGUCAUCGAUAUAUCAGCAGGGGAUACGCAUUGUUUAGCACUAACGGAAGAUUACGAGGUUUACGCUUGGGGUACCAAUAACGUUGGACAAUGCGGUCUGGGUCACAGCUCCACACCUAUCACCAGACCUACCAAAGUUGUUGGACUCGAUGAUGUUAAAAUAAGGCAGAUAAGUGCAGGUACAUCCCAUUCUAUUGCGUGGACUUCGAUACCCAGCGAGAGCCCCAUGGUGUUGAGACACAAAGUCUUCUGUCUGGAUCUUCACGAGAACACUUUCGCACUCUUCAAUAAGUUCCUGGAGAAGUAUACUGUUACUUUUAAGUACGAAACCCCGCCAGAACCUUUUAAGAAUGCUCAAGAUCAUUGCAGAUUCGUCUUGUUGUGUCUCAGGCUCUUAUGCAACCAUCUGAGCCUAUGUUUCAGCGGUAGUUUGGGUCAUAACGUUCUUCGUAAACACGCUAGAUCGCUGAGAACGAUUAUAUUCAGAUUGGUGGAUAUAGACUCUCCGCCAGAGGUACAUUCCGCGGUUUGCGAAUUGAUUAACGUCGGAGCCUGUCUGCUGCUGCCUCAGCUACACGAAAGAAUGGAAUUCCUCCACUCUUACUUGACCAGAAAGCAAGAACUGACGCAAGGGGAACAGAUGCUCUUGAACAUCAUCUUGAACAGCCUGGAGGAUCCGACGCAUAUCGCUUCUCUGCUCGGUUACAGCGGUAACCUCGACAAGACGACUUCGGCCGAUCCUAAACUGACCGGGGACCUGAUGAACAUCCUGCUGGUCACGUUCACCAGACACACGGAAAAGACCCUCUACAGCAUAACGGACCACCUGAGCAGCAACGAGGAAUCGAAAUGGCAGAACGUGGACGACGCACGCAUCAACCACCUCCGCAAGCUACUCUCCUCCCUUCAAAAUCACCUCCUCGCCCACUGCGCCAUCCCGCAAAACGACAACGUCCCCGCGCAAGACGACACCAUCCUGAGGGAUCACCUGGUGCAACUGUUUCCCCAGGCCAUCGAUAUACUCAAACUCAGCACCGCGGUGGUCGGCGAUUAUCGCUCCAGUCUGGAGCUCCUCUACAACGUAAUGCUGGAAUCGGCAGCCGGUUCCAUGCUGUUCAAGAUACUGAAUUCGCUGCUGCUGAUGCCGUCCCAGUUCGUCAGGGACAUACUGCCGUUCCUGGUCGAUCUGCUGGACCCGUUGGAGGAUUUCAACAAGCUGCUGCCGUUGGACAUCAGGGAUAACGAUCGGGAAUCGAGCAGAUCGGAAACGCCCACCUUCUCGGAACUGGCGGACCGCUCCUGGAUCUGGCUGGUGGAACUGCAAAAAACAUGUUCGCUGCUGAUCGGCCAGUGCCUGGGCGAGAUGCUGCUCGGUCACCCGCCCAACGACGAGGAACUGUACACGCGUUACUGGCUCUCCAACGAGCUGUUCUCCAACGGCAUCGAGAACAACACCCCCGACGUCAUCUGCCUGAUGCAGGCCUCCAUGGUGGUGUGCUCCAACAUGCUCAAGAACCCGAUCAAGGACAGCUGCUUCUCCAAGGACAACGUCAAGCUGUUCAAGCUGGCCUUCAACAUCCAGGACCAGUCGGACGGGGAGUGCGACGCGGGCGCCGACGCGGACGGCGAUUUCUACGGUACCAUGAUGGCGACCAACUGCGACGUGUGGGAGUUUGACAGCGAGGACGGGAAGUUGGUCGAGAGGGUGGUCCGGUGUUUCCUGAUAACGAUCCUCAAACAUACCGGGUACAUCAACAAAUCGCCGGAUCACGAGGCGGUGCAGGAACUUUACAAAUGCGCCCAUAGGCUGCGGAGGAAGCUGAUAAAUCUCAUGUGUUACACCCUGGAGAACGCGUCUAAGGGUACAGUCGGCGCGGCCCCCCAAGACCUAUUGGCCAAGCAGACCGAUUUCGCCGGACUGUUGAGCAAUUCCAACGAGGAGAAUAAGUUUUUGGAGUGCUGCGAGAUGGUCAUACAGCGGUGCUUGUAUCUGAUGGAGUUCGUCAAAGAGAUCGACGUCGAAACCUACGAAUCCAAAUACUCAGCCUCCGAGGUCGAGCUGGAGGACGAGAAAGCCUACGUGGACGCCUACGGCAACGAACAGACGACUAGAUUCGUCAGACUGAGGAAGAUUGGCAACGCUUGCCUGAAUUUCGUGUGUAACGAAUCAGCCGACAACGUUCCGUGCCUGAAGAAAGGCAGUCUGAAGAACGGGUGGUACACGGAACCGCUGAUCGUCAACUCGGCGUUAUUGAGUCAGAAACGGAGGGCCGAGAGUAGACUGGAGGCGCUGGAACAUCUUCUAGCCCUCCUCAAGAAAGAGAACAACGGGGUCUUCCUGUUGAAUUGCAUGCACGAACAGGUGCUGGCCGGUUGUUUCGGCUUCUUCAGCACCAAAUCCGCGCAGAACAACGCGCAUUUGAAACAUUACCUCGACAAUAUCGAGUCUUCCCCGUGCGAGUUGCAGGAUAAGAUCAGGAACGUGGUGCACAAGAUAAGGGAACUGCUGGCCGUGUCUCUGGGUAAACAGCUGGUGCUGAGCGCCGACAACAACCAGUUCCUGCUGAUAACGAUCUUUGCCCUGACCGCCGAGUACCACCCGAACGACCUGAGUUUGGCGAUAAACAGCAACGUGUUCUCCAUGCUGAUGUUCCUGAUGCAGAACGUGCCUCGCAGCAGCGGCAAAGCUUACGUCCUCAACGUCGCCGUCUCCCGUCUGGUCAACAUAUUGUCCAUCUCGUGUUGCGUCCACGCCAGGAGGAUCGACGUAGCCACCCUGGAGAACGUCGUCAACAAGUUCCACGAGCGGCUGACGUACCUCGCUCUCUUUUACAACGACUGCUACAGCGGGCCCCAGGUCAACUGCUACACGGUUUCCGAUAGACUUCUCGGCGAUUUCUUGUUGCUGCUGAGGACCAUAUCCUCCAGUCAGGUCAUCCAGAAACUGAUAGCGACUAAGAAGUGGAUAGUCGCGCUGUUGUCGGUCAUGGACACGCACGACGCCAACCUGAGCGUGUCGACGCAGUUGGCCUUGCUACGGCCGAAGAUGUUGGUGUUGCAGAUACUCCAGUGUAUUUUGCCGAAGUUGAAACCACCCCACAUAGAGGCGGACCUGAGGAAACACAUAGCGGACAGGUUGUUCGAGCAGUUGGGGAAGGCCGUUUGGUAUCUGCCCAACACCGUGGAGCUUUUACCCCAGUUCAAUUUCGGCGAGAACAAAGAUGGCGUUGAGAAAAUUCGCGACAUCGUGGAUAGGAUCUGUGAGGGUGACAUCCCCAUACACGACAUGGGUUUCGACCCAGAGAAAUGUCUGAACUGUAAGGUCGAGAGUAACUUGACUUUGGAACACGGCAUCGGGGGUAGAGGUUACGGCCUGGCCAACCAGGCCAUAAAGUCCGGUUGUUACCAGUGGAAAAUACUGAUAGUCAAGGAGAACAAGGGCAACGAAGGGACCUGCAUAGGCGUUUCCAAACACCCGGUUAAAGAUUUUAGCCAUCGCUCCACCAAAGAUAUGUGGCUGUACCGCGCCUAUAGCGGUAGUCUGUAUCAUAACGGGGAGAGGGAGAAUAUACCGAGUUUCCCGAAUUACACCCAGGGGGAUUACAUCACGGUCGUGCUGGACAUGGACGCGAAGACCUUGAGUUUCGGGAAGAACGGCGAAGAUCCGAGGGUGGCUUUUGAGGGUAUAGACGCAGCGGAACUCUACCCGUGCGUCAUGUUUUACAGCACCAAUCCUGGGGAAAAGGUGAAAAUCACCGAUAUGAAGGUUCACGGGUCGCAAAAGGAACUUUUACCAGGAGAGCCCAAUCUGGCGCCGCUGGGCGCCGUGCUGAGCGAAGCUUACAUCACUCUGAUAAGAAAACUGCACGAUUCAGACACCUGGACAUCUGAGGUUAACGAAACCAUCGUCGAGAGGCUUAAGAAGAUCGACAAGAUGUUCCCGAUGGUCCAGUCUCACAACGACGACCUGACUGAUCAUCUGGAUAAAUCGGAGACGUGUCAGGAGAAGAACGUCAUAGACGCCGACGAGUUGUGCUUGAACGUCUGGCCGGCGCUAGUGGUGAUUGGAGGCCUGGACCGCGGUUUGAAGAUGGGCGGAUACUGCAGGCACAGGGUCAUCGGUAAGAAGGGCGUCGUGUUGGGCAUACUGAAGAAGGGCAUCACCACCGUCAACGUGCAGUGGGAGGGCGAGGGAGGCAUCAGCGACGUCUCCAUUUCCAAUUUGGAAUACCUGGAGACGCAGCCGUUCAACACGGGCAAAUUUUCUGGAUUGACACCGAGCAUGCUCUUCCACAUAACGAGACUGUCAGGAAUAUCCGACGAGAUCCAGUUCCCCAGCCACAACCUCACCGAGGAGGAGGAGCUACUCCUGAAUCACGAAACGCCCAAAAGCAACAACAAACCGCAGAAGAAGGUAGCGGCGAGCAGUUCCGACUCUCUGCGAUCGUGUUCCGAUUCCCAGAUACCCCACCAGAGCAGCGUCGAAGACCAGAACGUCCCUCGGACCAUGGAGUCGUUGACCAACGACAUGGUGUCCAGGAUCAUGGGCGAGGUGACGCGCCUGAGCACCGAGAAGAUACUGGGCUCGCAGAGCGACUCCACCCUCAAGGAGAUGAACGAACAGGACGGCGGUAACGGCGGCAACAGCUUCCAGCUCAAACUGUUGGAGAAGAAGCUCUCGGAAAUGGAGGGGGUGUGCCUCAAGUUGGCUUCGCUGCAAUUCGCGGCCCUGAAGACGCUCGGCGUGCUACUCACCUCCAGCACCUAUUCCGAGACCUUCUUGAUCGAUCACGAGGAUAAGAUGGGCGGGAGCGACGAUAUGAAGCAUGUCAUCCAGUUCUUGGCGGAGAAGAGCGUGGAUAGGUGCAAGUUGAAGCAGAUCCUUACGCUGAGCGAGAUGGAGAGGGUGGAGAGUAUACUGCAUUUGAGCUACGUACAAAGUAGAUCGGUGGUUAACUGCGAGCAGACGCCGGUCGGUCUCGAAACCAGCGAUGUUUCCAACGAUUCGGAAACUUCAAACGCGGAUUCCUCCAUUCACGUGGAUGCUGGACCCGGAAGUUCCAGGAAUAGUUAUCCGCCUCUCUUCUCCAACUCUUCUUUUUCGCCUUAUGGGUUAGGAACUACGCAACAAGCAGACUCCGAGGGCAACCUGACGCAGAACAGAAGAGGAUGCGGGUUGCCGCCAGUCAUAAUUCAUCUCUUGGAGAUGGGCUUCACCGAGGAGCAGAUCUUCAGGGCCGUAUCUCAGACUAGGACUGGGGGCGAACUGAACGCUGCGCAGACCAUAAACACUCUGGCCUCUUGGAUGCUGGAACAUCCGGAGAGCAGCGAGGAUCUGACCUUGAACCCUUCCGUCUCGAGGAUGAUCGAUAGGAACGAUCUGAUCAGACAGCAGAGUCUGGAUAGCGACAGAGCCCUGUUCGAGAGCCUGACCACGAUACCGGCCAAUCCUAGGCGAAGGGCCCUGUCGGAGCUCAGGUACAUGCUGGCGGAAAGGUUCGGCAACAACUUGCAAGAGAGGAGGGAGAGGGCCGAACGGGAGAGAUUGCACGUUAGGGGUGAGGCGCACCCCUUGCUCAGGGUCGUGUUGGAAAGGGAACACGUCAGGGGAGAGGCGGAGCCGUUGUUUAGCGAUAACGAUUUGUUCGACGACAACGAGGAAGGCACCAUGCCCGUAGAUUUCAUCUUCAGCGCUGGGUAUACAAAUAUCAAUAAACCACUGGCGGUUUGUCCUUACUGUGGAACCUUGUCGCCGAAUUUACUAGAUCACAUGUUAGGUUACCAUGCUGGUUGCGGCGUUUCUGUCGGUAGAGGGCUCUGCGGUUCAACAUUAGGGGAUUAUUAUAUAUUAUGCAUGGCGUGUAAGAAGAAGUUCACCAAAAAGUAUAAGAGUAGGAGGAGAAACCUGAAGAUCAUAGCCCCGGAUAUAAUUUUCGACGAGAACGACACAACCGAAUCCAAUGUGAGAACCAUAGACGUCUCCAGUUACAAAGACCUGGAUAAGAUAAAGAACCUGUCCGGUUUUCAAACCAUAAAUCUAGAGGUGGAGAACAUAGCGAUGCUACCCCACGACCCCCUGGGCAGGGCCGCCGUUCCCCAAGUACCCCUCGAGAACACCUCGGAGGCGGACCAACUGAACCGUUACGUCACCAACCAGGCGAUGUUCCUGACGUCGUCCAUGGAUAGGAUCACGGCCCUGAAGUACAUGACGACCACCGUCCACAUAUUACUGUCCAGGACCAUAAUACUCAAUAUUUUAUCGCUCCUGUCCAUCAAUACGAAUUCGAUCACCCUGGUCACCUGUUUGGAAAACAUCGGUCUAUCCGACAUAAGGAAGUUCAUCCAGUUGAUGACCCUGGUCGCCAUGAAUAGAGUGGAGUUGACGCAUGUGCCGACCGUGGGGGAAAUACCCAGUUACCAGUUGCCGAAGGAUUUCUUCCAGCUGGUCAGUAACUUGCCUACAGCGUCUACAGCCUGUCUCAAUUACCUGAGCGUCAUCAUAGCGGCUCUGGCUCAAAACGAUGUAGAUUCCUCCAACUUGGUGGUGAAUUUGUGCACCAAGGAUCUGUUGGAAGCCGCCAGCGGGGUUAACAUACCCACGUUCUCUUUCCCGGUGACCCAAGCGUUGAUCAACAUCCUCUCCAGCCACGGCGGUUGUUCCCUGUUGGACAUACCGAAAGAUGAGUCUUCGUUGAACGCCAGUUUAGACUCCCCCACCGUCGGUCCCUUAACAUUGGUGAACGCCCUGUCCGCCUACAUAAUGUCCAGGAGGAUCGAUUCGACGUACAAGGAAUGGGCCGCGCAGAAACUCUUCAAGAGCCUCUCGACCAAGAUCCAGAUGAUGUCCGGGCCCAACCUGGAGCAGGUCAACUUCGCCGAUCUCUCCUGUUUCCUGCGCAUCAAGAACGUGACGCACACGGUGGAGGGCCACAACGACCGGAUAUGCUGCGUGGCCUGGCACGAGGGCAAGAGGGCGCUGGCCACGUCGGGAUACGACGGUACCAUCAGGUUCUGGCGCCUCGACCAGAGCCACCAGCUCGUCCUCACGUCUAUCGCGAUCUUCCGCAUAUCGAUGGACACGUUCAACAGGGACAUGGAGGGCAAGGCCAUCGAGAACCUGAGGUGGUCGCCGAGCGGCGAUCUGGUGGCGGCCAGCAUGGACAACGUGGUGAACGUGUUGCGUUACGAGGAGGUGGAGGGCAGGGCGAUGUACGUGGAAUGGGCGAUCGAGCGACAGACGAAGUUCGUGACGACGCUGGCUUGGCCCAAGUUCAAGGAUACGUUCAAGAGCGACGUAAACCAUCUGCUGGUGGGGAAGAUCGACGGGUCCGUCUGUAUGAUCACGAAUAAUAAGGGGAGCAAGAUCGUGGAACCGCUGAUGAACCUGUCCCUUUCCCACUCUGUCACCCAGAUCGAUUGGCACCACGAAGACGAGGCCUUCGCCAUAGGAUACAGGGACGGCACCCUGAAACUGGGCUGGACCGACCCGGACGCCAACAUAAUAACGCUGAAGGCGCACGACAAGGCCGUUUGCGGGGUGGAAUGGAACAGCACCGGCGAACUGCUGGCGACGCUGUCCACCGACUCCACCUGCAAAGUGUGGAUCUUCGAGGAUAAAGAGCUGAAGUUACUGCUCACCUUGAACCAGCCCUACGAACCCGUCUCCCUGAAAUGGUCUCCGCUGAUCGGAGAAGGCGAGACGCCGCACCUUCUGGCCGUCGGCACCGUGUACGGCACUGUGGCCGUAUGGACUUUCUCGACUUUGGAUAAAGAUAAAGAACCGCAGUUGGCGAUGCACUGUCAGGGUCACACGUAUAACGCCGUAACGACCCUCUCAUUCGACGGCACGGGGCUCUUGUUGGCCUCGGGUUGCUCUAAAGAACCCACCGGAGUCGUCAAUAUUUGGUCCAUGCAUAACGGUACUCUGGUACACAGCGCUCUUGGAAGCGGUGGCGUGAACCUGAAGGGACUGCAAUGGAUCGGGGAUAAACUGUUGAUGUCGUUCUCCAGAACGAAGUCCAUAUCGAUCACUGAUUUUUCCUACGAACAUCUGAAGACCAUCAGCGCCUUGAGCACCGCGAGAUGCGCGCUGAUGAAGAAGGGGAUAAGGAACUUUAAGAACGUAGAUUUUUUCAAGCAACUUGUGAUCUUAUUGCCUAGUAUAAUUCUAGACCAGUAUAAUAACAGAGAGAAGAUGCUGGUUCAGACGGGUUACCAACUUAUGCAUUCCGCCUAUUUGAAAUCCCUGUCUUCGUUGGCGAUACUGUUGGAGAUCGACAGCGUGUUGUGUUAUCCUUUGUUACCGUUCAAUAAUAAAAACGACAAGUUCGAGCCUCAGUACCACUGGUUGUACACGUUCAGUCUCGGCGCCAUGAUGGCCGACAGUCUGAUCAGAAGGACGGAGUUGCCGGCGCACAUCAUCAAGCAGGCGCAGGCGUUAGACGGCGACGUCAAGGCGUCGGCGGUACAGAACAUGUUCUGGACCAUCAAGCAGGACGAGCAGAUAAUGCAGUGGGUCGCGCAGCGGCCGCAGGACUGGCAGAUCGGCGGCAAAUGCGACGCUUACCUGUGGGGCUCCGACAGGCACGGGCAACUGGCCGAGGUGGGAUACAACGCGUCCGCGCCGGUACAGGUGGAAUCGUUCUCGUCCGCCAGGAAGAUCGUGUGCGGCCAGAACUGCACUUUCGUCAUACAGGGCAACGGCACGGUGUUGGCCUGCGGAGAAGGUAGUUACGGAAGAUUGGGCCAGGGCAACUCGGACGAUCUGCACAGUUUGACGGUGAUCUCUUGCCUUCAAGGGUUCGUGAUCACGGAUCUGGCCACCUCCGUCGGGUCGGACGGACACAGCCUGGCUCUGGCCGAGAGCGGCGAGGUGUUCUCGUGGGGAGACGGCGAUUUCGGCAAGUUGGGACACGGCAACAGCGACCGACAACGCAGACCGCGGCAGAUCGAGGCGCUCCAGAGGGAGGAGGUGGUCCAGGUGGCGUGCGGCUUCAAGCACAGCGGCGUGGUGACGGCCGACGGUAAACUGUUCAUGUUCGGCAACGGCGAUUACGGCAGGCUGGGCCUGGGUUCGACCUCCAACAAGAAGACGCCCGAACGGGUGACCGCCCUGGAGAAUCACAAGAUAGGCCAGGUGGCGUGCGGCCUCAACCACACGGCCUGCGUGUCCCAGGACGGCAUGACUGUCUGGACGUUCGGCGAGGGCGACUACGGCAAGCUGGGACUCGGCCACACCACCGCCAAGUCCCUGCCGCAGCGGGUGGAGACGAUGUGUAACGUGGGCGUGAAGAAGGUCGGGUGCGGCACCAAUCUCACCGUCUUCCUGACCAAGGACGGCAAGGUGUACGUGUGCGGUAUUGAUAGGGUGCCGUGGCAGGCGCAUUUCAGGGAAAGGUCGGACUUUAAACCGCACCAGUUGAUGUCGCUCAGCGAUUACGCGAUCGAGGACUUUGCGAUCGGCACGGAACACGUGCUGUACAUGAGCGCGUGCGGGAAAGUGUUCGGUUGGGGUAUGAACAGCGAGGGGCAGCUCGGCGUGCCCUACGGCUCGUUCGUGCGGGAACCGGAGCUGAUCAACGAGCUGAGCGACAGGGGGAUCAGGCAGAUAUCGACGGGACGUACGCACAGCGCGGCAUGGACGGCCGCGCCUUUACCGCAGAGGAAACCGGGCGUGACUAGGUCGUUGUCUUUCGGUACGCCGAACGAGAUACCGUCGCAGUACGAUCAUCUGGCCGAGGUGCCGAUACAGAACAUUCGGGCGCGGCUCAAGUUCCUCUAUAACUUCUCGGAUAAGCUGUAUUCCUGUUGGACCUUCAUGCCGUUGAGCGACCAGCAGGGCGAGAUGCAGGUGCCGCCCUUAGAAGGCCUAGUUUCGGCUAAACUGCGACCGUUGUUGGCGCCUAAAGUGUACACCCUCCCGUUCGUACGGUGCAUAGGAAAGACGAUGGUCCAAGGCAGGAAUUACGGUCCGUUGAUAGUGGUCAAGAGGAUAUCCAAUGAAAAUCGAAAAUGCAAGCCGAUCUUCGUGCAGAUCGCCAAGCAGAUAAUCAAGUUCCCCCCGCACGAGGUCAGGCUGCCGUCCAGGGCUUGGAAGGUCAAGCUCGUCGGCGAAGGGGCUGACGACGCGGGCGGCGUAUUCGACGACACCAUCACCGAGAUGUGUCAAGAGAUAACGACCGGCGUCGUGCCGCUCCUUAUCCCGACUCCGAAUUCGGUGAACGACGACGGCUUCCAGAGGGACAAAUACCUGCUGAACCCGCAGCUCAACUCCGCCCAGCACAUGACGUGGUUCAAGUUUUUAGGUAUUUUGUUUGGCGUCGCGAUCAGGACCAAAAAACCCCUGGCCAUUCCCCUGGCCCCGAUCAUAUGGAAAUUGUUGGUUGGCGAACCUGUGACCAUAGACGAUCUGGAGGAGGUCGAUUGCAUGUACGUGCAGAGUUUGAGGAGUAUCAGGGAUAUUCACAUGUCCGGCGUGAGCGCGGAAAAUUUCCACGAGGUGAUACCGUUGGAAAAUUUCGAGGGGACUAGUUGCACAGGGAAGACUGUCCCUAUUGUUUACGGGGGUAGAAAUAUCCCGUUGACGUUCGAGAACAGAAAUCAGUAUUUCGAGCAGGCCGUCAAGUUUAGGAUCCAGGAAUUCAACGCUCAAAUAGUGGCGAUCAGAGACGGCAUGGCUGGGGUGAUCCCAGUGCCUUUAUUAUCUCUUAUGACUGCCGAACAUUUAGAGAAAUUAGUUUGCGGAAUCUCCCAUAUAUCAAUUCCCUUAUUGAAAAAGAUAGUUAGAUAUCGUGAGGUGGAAGAAACCCACCAAUUGGUCCAAUGGUUGUGGAAUAUUUUGGAAGGAUUUUCGGAUAGCGAGAGGGUCCUUUUUAUGAGAUUUGUUUCAGGACGUUCUAGGUUGCCAGCGAAUUUGGCCGAUUUAUCGCAACGUUUCCAGAUUAUGAAAGUUGACAAAGCUGUCAACGGUUUACCUACCGCACAGACCUGCUUUUUUCAACUGAGACUGCCGCCUUACACUUCUCAGGAAAUAAUGGCUGAGAGACUUUUGUAUUCUAUCAAUAAUUGCAGAUCUAUCGAUAUGGAUAACUAUAUGCUUUUAAGGAAUGUUGAUAACGGGGUUGGAUCUGAUGAUGAAUAUUAAAAAUGCGAUCUGAGUGAUAGGAUAUUAAUUAUAAAAAAUUGUGAUUAUGAAAGAGGCAAUGUAUUUGUGUGAUUUUUUUUUAGAUAUUUUAUGACGUGAAGAUUGAAUGAUUUAAUGUUGAAUAAAAGUAUGCCAAUUUUUU